AUGUUUCCGGUCAGACAGCCUUGGCUUUGCAAAGCCCUAGGUUGUUAUGAUUGCUGUAUCCGAUGCCUGGGGGCAGUGCCCUACCCCUCCCUGGUUGCCACUCUGCUCUGCUUCACCGGCAUGGCACUGUUCUGUGGCUGUGGGCACGAGGCACUGGCCAACACCGAGGUGCUCGUCGAGACUUACUUCGCUCGUAACAUACAAGACUAUGUUAUCCUGGCCUCGUUUAUCAAGUACUUCCAGUACGUGAUCUAUGGCCUGGCCUCUUUCUUCUUCCUCUACUGCAUCCUGCUGCUGGCCGAGGGAUUCUACACCACCAGCGCCGUCAAGCAGACCUUCGGAGAGUUCCGGAGCACCAGAUGUGGCCGCUGCCUUAGUCUGACGUUCAUCAUUGUGACAUACGUCCUGGCAGUGAUCUGGCUGGCGGUGUUUGCCUUCACAGCCAUACCCGUCUUCUUCUUCUUUAAUAUGGCACAGACCUGCCACACCAUCAACAUCCUGGCUGAGACGACACCCAGCAUCAACCAGCACGGCUGGGUCUGCAUGGAUGCUCGGCAGUAUGGUCUGCUGCCUUGGAAUGCAAUGCCAGGGAAAGCUUGUGGAAUGACCUUGGCAUCCAUUUGCAAAACAAAAGAGUUCUUUGUCACCUAUGACCUGUACAUCACUGCCUUUGUUGGUGCAGGGAUUGCUCUCUUGGCUCUGUUUCUGUAUGUGGUAGCUACCACCUAUAACUAUGCAGUGCUGCGGUUCCUGGGCAGAAAAGGGCUACGCUGUUAAAAACGGUGCCCUGUCACGUCUCCAUCCGCCGAUAGACUGGGCCUGAGGAGAGCCGUUACACAUCACACUACUGAACAUUCAUCCAUCCCCUCAGACACGCCUGCAGCCUGGAUCCCCUACCUACUGCUGGCUGCUUCCCUGGAGGGCUCUGCUAACUGACACAUGGUUCAUCUUGACCAUCUGAUUUAUCACUUCAACAACAGUCUAAGAGAUGAAUAGAACUCCUGGUCAUCAUAACUUCAAGCCCAUCCCCCUGGUCAUCAUAACUUCGAGCCCCUCCCAUCCUCCUGCUCAC